AUGAAGAGAGAAAGAGAAGCUUUGUCCAGAGUUCUCAGCACUCCGGGUUUCGUACAUAUCGUCUGCCUUUUUGUAAUCUACUAUGCAGAGCUGAUAGAUGGAGUCAAUAUCACCAGUCCGGUAUUACUGAUUCAUGGUACAGUCGGGAAGCCUGCCCUGCUCUCUGUGAAAUACACCAGCACAAGCCAUGACAAGCCUGUCAUCAAAUGGCAAGUGAAACGCAACAAGGCGGCGACAGUGGUGCAGUCCAUCGGCACAGGGAUCAUUGGGAACCUGCGCCCAGAAUAUAGAGAUCGGAUAAAAAUCUUCGAGAAUGGCUCUCUACUGAUCCACGAGUUGCAGUUAUCUGAUGAAGGGACCUACGAGGUGGAAAUCUCCAUCACGGAUGACACUUUUACAGGCGAGAUGAACAUUAACCUUACAGUGGAUGUUCCAGUUUCAAAGCCGCACGUUGCCUUGGCCUCCUCAACUGUGCUGGAGCUGAGUGAAUAUUUCUCUUUCAAUUGUUCCCAUGAGAAUGGCACUAAGCCCACCUAUACAUGGAUGAAGGACAACAAGCCUCUUAGCAAUGACUCUCGGCUGAUCCUUUCCCAUGACAAGAAGAUCCUCACCAUCACUAGAGUUCUGAUGGCCGAUGAUGACACUUACAGCUGUCUGGUAGAGAACCCCAUCAGCAAAGGACAAAGUGUUCCUGUAAAACUGACAGUGUACAGAAGGAGCUCCCUCUAUAUAAUCCUGUCCACUGGGGGAAUUUUCCUUCUGGGUACCUUAGUGACCGUCUGUGCCUGCUGGAAACCGUCCAAGAAGAACAAAAGGAAACUAGAGAAGGAAAGUUCCUCAGAAUACCUGGACCAGAACGAAGAACACCUAAAACAUGAUGUUGAGGUUCUUCCUAGAAGCAGCGAACAUGAACGCAAGAAUCCAGUGGCUUUGUAUAUCCUGAAGGACAAGGAUUCUUCUCCUGAAGCUGAAGUGGAAUCCAUCCCUGACUCUAGAGAAACUGUUCAACCUUCACCACCCAGUUACUCCAGUUCCCCUCCUCCUCCUGCAAGAUCCCCUGGACUGCCUGUUUGGGCUGCCCGUAGACACCACCGUUCUCCUGCCAGGUCUCCGGUCACUUCCAGAACACAGAGCUCCCCCACCAGGCCCCCCAGCUCGCCUGGGCGGGCCCCAAACACCACUCGCUUGGUUCGGACUGCAGGGCCUCUUCUUAUCCGAGAGCAACAGGGGGAGCCCAACACCAUGGAAAUCAAUGCUUAA